AUGUUCAGUACAAGAUUCAUCGCCCAAUUCACCCGCUCAAUCCACACUGGCUCUAAAGCCCACGCCAGCGCUGCUCACGUCUCAAAAGACGCAGGAACUAACGCUAACGCUCACAAGCAAGCUAUCUUCGAAUCUCUCGGAAAGGUCGAAUUCAACGGCAACAAGAACGCUCACACCGUCGCUGGCCAUUAA